AUCCCUGCUUCUGACGUUUCUGACGCAAAAUUAUGAUUCGCUUUGAAGUCAAUAAUGAGUUAAUAGGCGAUAAAAUUAUUUAGUCAGCGGAUAAAAAAUAGUGCGAAACAUUAAUAAGUAAAGUUGGAUGUCUUAACGAUGGAGGACAAGGUGGAAGCCACACCCGGACAGACAAGAAAUCCCAUUGAGGCCUUGAGUAAGGAAGAUCUGUUACAAAAAUACAAGGGACUACUUGGUAUUGCAAAGAAGGCUAAACAAGCCAAAGAUGAGUUUGCAGAAGAAAAUCGUAAACUAAAAGAAGUUCUUAAGCAAAAUGAAACACAAAAAGAUGCCGACAAGAAAGCGCUUCUGACCAUGAAGGAGACACUUGAGCAAUUCACUGAACAAAAACUUAAACUUAUUAACGAAUUCAGUGACCUACAACGAAAAAGUAAAACAGACGAGGAGGUUCUAACAAAAUUGCGCAUUGAGAAUGAAUCAUUAAAACGUCAACUGGACCGACUUAAUGAGGACAACGAAGCUCUUCUAAAAGAUAUCGACCGCAUGGAAGAUCAGCUUAAGAAGGUAAAUAUUUUGGGAAUGGAACAAAAAAAACACUUGGGAUUGCUUGAACUUGAAGUAAACAAACUGAAGGAAGCAGAAAGUUUAAAUAUUCUAAUACAGAAUAGGAUAACAGUCACGGAAGAGGAAAAUAAGGUGCUAAAAGAGCGAGAAAACGGUGUAAAACAAGCCAUGGAGGAACUUGCAAGAAAAUAUAGUAAAGUAAAAGAAAUUAACACCGAACAGCGGCAUAAAUUCAAUACAUUAAAAGAUCGUUUUGUAGAAGUUCAUCGUAAGCUUAAAAACCUUAAGGAAUGCAAGCGUGUUCUUUUGGAAACGCAGCACGAAUACGCUGAUGCUGUAUCAAAGUGGCAAAAGGAAAUAGUGAGAGCCUCGAAACUGCUAUGCGCACAAAUGAGUGCACUACAAAUAGAAAACGAAGAGCUACGACAAAAGACAAAAAAACACGAAGAAAGAGAAGACUCAGAGGAGUUCACACAAUCAUUAGUGAUAAAUGUCAAUGUGGAAAUGCUCCUUGACAAGUUGCAAGAAUUGGAAAGACUCUCCGCGCGUGUGCGGGCCGAUUCACUUGAGAAAGAUACACUUUUGGUGGCAUCAAAGCAGAAAAACGAAGAGUUACAAAGACGAAUUGCAACGUUAAAUGAUCGCAAAGAUGAGCUAGAGUCGACAGAAAAUUCAAAGGAUUGUAAGCAGCUCGAAACGGAAGUUAAACGUUUAACUCAGGAGUUGUCCGACUUAAAAGUAUUGUUUAACACAAGUGAUUCGCGUUUACAGGGCGGGGAAGUAGACAUGCUUAUGGAGCAUAAUGAAUUAUUGCAACGUUUAGAUGCUUUAGAGGCAGAACGAAUUACUUUAAAGCUGGAUUGCAAUAAAGUAGAAAAUCUACAAAAGGAUAAUCAACGCUUAAAGCAUGAAUUUGAACAUUUAGUAUCCAAACUGAAAGAAAGCGCGCAAGUACAUGAGGAUUUACAGCAAUUACGCCAUGAUUUGAAAGCACUUGAACAAGAAAAGAUUGCACUCUUAGAACGAUUGCAGCAACAAGAAAGAGAGCAACGACAGCAGCGUUCUGAAGAAAGCGUAAAAUCAUUAGAGGAAAACUAUACAGAGCUGAAGACACGUUAUUCACAAAUGGAGCGAGAGCAUGCAGAUUUACUCUGCGAAAUGCGUGAGCUUAACGAAGCGUUGAAGUCACGCGGUGAUGUAAUUUCGAGACAACAGGAAAAGCAACAGGAACUUAUGAAUGAGUUACGAAAAACCAACGCGAAGUUGAAGCAAAUUGAUGAAGUCUUACUGCAGAAAGAUGAAGCAAUCGCAGAGAAGGAAGCGAAAGUGCGCGAAAUAACGCAAGAAAUUGAUUUAACGCGCCAACAGGCACAUGAACUUGAGGCCGCUAGCACUCGCAGCCAGGAGCAAUUACGUAUGCUCAAUGAAGAACUGCAAUCGUUACGCAGUAACGCCGAUGCUCAAAGCGAGGUACUGUCCACUUCUACAAUAUCGCGUGCUGAAGAAAUGAUGCGCAUGCGUGAAGUCGACGAUAGUUUCGAGGAGAAGUACAACAAAAUGCGUGGCCUUGCUGUCAAGCUAAAGAAAAAGCUACAAGAGCAAACUGGGCAACUAGCGGAAAUGGAGCAGCAACAAAAAGAGAAUAUGACAAUGAAAGCGGAGUUAGUAGAGCUGCAGAACCAGCUGAAUGACUUGCAACAAGCAAAUGACAAGCACCAAAAACUCGCUGAAUCUCUAAAAUCUGAGAACCAGAAGCUGAAGUCAUCACGUAAGCAAGCAAAUGUACUUAACUUAGAAAUUGAAGCAGCAGAGAAAUCACUUAUUGAAGCAACUACUAAACUUGCAUCAAAAACUAGCGAAUUGGAAGCGGUGCACGAACUCUUAUUCAACAAGGAUCAUACGAUUACUCAACUUCGCAAAGAGAUCACAAUAGUCGAGUCAGCAAAAGAAGCCGAAACAACACACGCGAAGGAACUAAAAGAACAAGUAGAUCUUUUGCAGGAGAAAUUGAAGGAUGCUUUAUAUGCCAAGCAGUUGGCGAAUCAGGCCAACAAGGAGCUAGAACAGGCACAAGACCAACUCAAGCAAGAACUAGAACAGAUUCGUUUAGAGGUUGCGCAGUGCGCAGCCACAAGCUCCGCCGCUUUGCUUGCAGCACAACAUGAAAAGAAAACAACUGAAGAGCGAUUGCAACAAACAAAAGCAGACCUUAGCGAAACACAAACCAAGCUGCACAACGUUGUACACGCCUUAGACGAGUUGCGCGCCGAACACACCGAAUACAAACAAAAGGCACAAGCUGUGUUGCGCAAACAUCAGAGUGUCGAUACCACGCGUGAGCGCGAGUUGGCAGAGGAACUAGCGCAUAUACGCGCCGCCGAAGAACAACAUCGUCAAACGUUAGCUGCGCAAACUAAAAAACUAGGCGAAAUAGAGCAACAUACUGCCGACUUAUAUUUGGACAAUGAGAAUCUGCAGCGGCGUACACAAGUGUUAGAUGCUUUGGUGAAUAAUUUACACGAACAAAACGACCGAUUGGUAGAAGAGCACCGCGCUCAAUUACAAGUACAACAGGAGAGCCUGCGUAUACAGCGGCAGCAACUGGAAGCUGCACAAGAGUGUCACAAGCAGCAAUUGGUGGAACUUGAAACAAAGUAUCAACGACAAAUCGAGCAAUUGCGUGCCGAACAGAUACAGGCAGUGCGCGUGCCGCCUAUAAUCGGAGCAGCAUUAGGCGUAUCAUCCAGUUCAUCUUUAGUUCACGUGCCCUCCUUCAGUGAGCACAGCCCAAAUGAGCUGUUAAUGCUGACUGAACGCGAGGACGCCGAGGGUUCAGAGGAGGCCACUUUGGCAACUAACAACUCAGCCGCCGUUACUACCACUAGUAAUUCGCAAGCAUUGCGUAAAAUUUCCAGCAGCUCACGACGUUCACAACACGACUUUAUGCCACUGGAAGAACUGCUGAAUACGCCAAUGCAUGCGUUCCAAACUGACACUGUGACCACGAUUAGCAGCAGUAGUCUUGGGCGUAAUGAAAGCGUCAACUUCGAAUCAAAUGCCGACAAUGCUAGUACAGAGAGCUUACAUGUAGAAUUGCAUAUGACACGAGAAUUGUUGGCAAAGCAAGAGAGCCGAGUACGACAUCUAACUGCGCUUUUAGCCGAAAACGAACAGGAUUUAGCGAAAUUGACGCAGAUGAAUGAUAUGUUAAAGGAGGAACUGCGACGACAAGAACGUGCUGUUGAACGUGAGAAACAUAUGCAUAAUGCAGAGUACUUGAAGAAUGUUGUACUAAAGUUCUUGACGCUUACCAGUGGUGAUGAACGUGUACGUCUAAUUCCAGUUCUCAAUACUAUACUCAAAUUGAGUCGCAGUGAAACAGAAAUUUUGAACUGCGUAGCCAAAGGACAGAAAUUGCCCACGGAAUCACAGGGACGCAGUUGGGGCAGUUUUCUACCACUUUUCGGUAGCGGCGGCGGCGGUGGUGGCAAUAAUAAUUAAAAUCCAAAAUAAUGUAGUAUUACUUGUGACAUCCAUUCCUUCAGUUAUUGACAUCGGAAAAUUAAAUUUGGAACAAAUGGCCAAAUAAGAAAUGUUUACACAUCGCAUUGACUUGCAUAGCUGAAUGAAACACACAGUCAAGAAAUAUAAAUAAUAUUUUGUAUUUUUGCAAAUAUUUCAAUAAUUAAAAUCCAAAAUUAUGUAGUAUUACGUGGGACAACCAGUCCUUCAGUUAUUGACAUCGGAAAAUUAAAUUUUGAAUCAAAUGACCAAAUAAGAAAUAUUUACCAUCGCAUUGACUUGCAUAACUGAAUGAAACUCUCAGUCAAGAAAUAUAAAUAAUAUUUUGUAUUUUUGCAAAUAUUUCAGCGUUGACUAAUUCUCAAAAGUUUGGAUUUUUUGCCUACUUUUUAAAUAUCGGCACUUUAUAGUACGUCAUUACGUUUCCAGUUAUCUGCGUCAGUAUGUAUUAUAUUAUAUAUUGUGUGUAUAUAUUUUAAUUAUUGUAUUCAAAAUUACAACAAAUUGGUUUGUUUAUAAACAAUUUAUGUACCCCAAAAAAUUCUCUUAAAAAGUGAGAAAUACUGGCAUCAAUAAUCGUAUUAUUUACAUAGAUACAUAGCUACACAUGUACAUAUUAUAGUAGAAAAUGCAUUAUAAAUGAUGGAAUGUAUCAUACUCAAAUAAAUUUGUCCAAAAUUAACAAAUGUAUAAACAGAAAAAACAUUCUUACACAAAAAAUAUAAUAAAAAACAAAUUAAUGCGA